AUGGCGCUGCACUCAGCGUGGAAAGCGCGUGAGUGCUGCUGGAGCUUCAUCCGGGCACUUCAUAAAGGAUCCGCAGCUUCUUCCACUCCCCAGGUGCCUGAACACACACAAUUAAGUUGGAUCCUUUCCUGCAUGGUCAGACUACCUCGAUUACAACAUUUACACCAGUGGAAGGCCAAGACUGCCAAGCAGAAGCACGACGGCACGGCAGACCUGCUCACGUACCCAGUGCUCCAGGCGGCCGACAUUCUGUUGUACAAAUCCUGUAGCCAGUCCACAAAUGUUCCUGUUGGGGAGGAUCAAGUCCAGCACAUGGAACUAGUUCAGGAUCUAGCACAAAGUUUCAACAAGAAGUAUGAGGAGUUCUUUCCAGUGCCCAAGUCCAUUCUAACAUCCAUGAAGAAGGUAAAAUCCCUCCGUGAUCCUUCUGCUAAAAUGUCGAAAUCAGACCCUGACAAAUUGGCCACCGUGGGAAUAACAGACAGCCCAGAGGAGAUCGAGGCCGUGACGGACUUCACCUCGGAGGUCACCUACGAGCCGGCCGGCCGCCCGGGCGUGUCCAACCUGGUGGCGCUGCACGCCGCGGUGGCCGGGCUCCCGGUGCAGGAGGUGGUGCGCCGCAGCGCGGGCCUGGACACCGCGCGCUACAAGCUGGCCGUGGCGGACGCCGUCAUCGAGAAGUUCGCCCCGAUUAAGCGUGAAAUUGAGAAACUGAAGCUGGACAAGGACCAUUUAGAGAAGGUUUUACAAGCUGGAUCUGCAAAAGCCAAAGAAUUAGCACACCCUGUGUGCCAGGAGGUGAAGAAAUUGGUGGGUUUUCUAUAGGAGGUUUCAACAAAAUCACAGAAAGGCUUUUGCGCCUUGCAUUCCAUACAUUCUGAAAACGGCAGCUUUCCGCACAAGCAAAAAGUUAUAGUUUUGGGACAUUUAAUUUGGCAUAGCUGAUUAUUGGCUUCAUUUGACGAAUGUUACUUUGUAGCUUUGAAAUACGACAGAGUUCCAAAUCCCAUCAACAAAAUGCUGUGAACAGCAGCAACAAAAAUUAAAGCAGCCAUAGCUGUCUGAAUCC